AUGUGCAAAAAGAUUGAUCUCGCGCGUGCAACCGCCUCGGGGCUUCAGACCCUCUUGAACAGCGGAGAAAUCACCAGCGUCGACCUGGUGAAGCAGUCACUGGAGCAAAUCGAGCUGCACAAUACUCGCGGCCUGAACCUGCGAGCCCUCAUAUCUGUCGCGCCUGAGAAGCUAGCGCUCGCCCGAGCCGCCGAGUUGGACGCUGAACGAGCCGCUGGCAAGCUCCGAGGUCCCUUGCAUGGAAUCCCCAUGUUGGUGAAGGAUGUGGUACAAACUCAUUCGCAGCUGGGAAUGCCCACGACCGUGGGCAGUUUGGCUUUGGCAAGUGCGCAGGUGCAUAGCAAUGCAACUGUUGUCGACAAGCUUCACGAUAGUGGUCUCAUUAUCCUUGGAAAGACGAAUCUGAACGAACUCUCCAGUUGGAAAGGCAUGGGGCCGAUGAAUGGUUUGUCGGCAGCCGGCGGCCAAACCAACUCAGCUUACGUCCCAGGCGGUUUGAUCAAGGGUGAUGGUGUAAUGGGCCAUUCGGUGAGAAUCCCUAUGGAGCAUCGACUGGAUCUGCUGUUGAGGUCUCGGCCGGAUUCAGCCCUAUUGCCAUCGGAACCGAAGUAG